AUGUAUAUUCAGGCACCCGUGAGUCGACUGCGCUGCCUACUCUGGGGACAUGGCAAGUUGUCGGUUCCCCUGCACCACAGACUCCAUGCAACGAUCUCGGAGCCCCGGGAGCAGAGCACCGGCUCGGCCAGCAUCUCGGAGCGACAGCCAAAGACAGAUCAGAAGGGUGUGACGUACACCGCCCUCGAGGGCAAUGCAUUUGUGUUGGAGUUCCGCAAGACUGGGACGCGGGUCCUCGUGGACCCAUGGCUGAUCGGGCCCCUGGACUUUGGGGGCGGGUCCCACCUCCUGUACCAGGGCACGAAACGGGCGCUGCGCUUCACGGAGGCCAGUGCGAUAGAGCUGGCCAGGAGCUGCGACCUUAUCCUCAUCACCCAGUCCAUCAACGACCACUGCCAUAAACCCACGCUGGCGGUGCUGCCCCGCGACAUACCUGUGGUGGCCGCUCCGGGGGCGGCCACUAUAGUUCAGGGCAUGGGUUACACAUCGGUGCAGGCCUGUGACCAUGGCCAGUCUGUGGAGGCUGCCGGGGGGAGGCUGAGCAUCAAGGCCUCGCAGGGCGCGCUGACCGGGCCGCCCUGGGCAAAAAGACAGAAUGGGUACCGCUUGGUGGAGAACACCGAGCAAGGAGCGCGCGUCUACUACGAGCCCCAUGCCGAUUUCGUUCAGGACUCGGUGUCGGAGCUGGGCAAGGUGGAUGUGGUCAUCACGCCGCCCACCACCAUCUCCCUCGUGGGGUACCGGGUGGUCCACGGUGGCAGCCCCCAGAACCUGAAGCUGCUGACCAUGCUGGCGCCAGACGCAGUGAUCGCGCUGAAGAAUGCCGACUUUGAGGAGAAGGGGCCCCUGGCGUCCUACACGAAGCAGGGGGAUGUGGCCACCAUGCGGGUGGACAUGGCCAAGAUCGGGGCGCUGGCCGACACCCAGCUGUACGAGCCAGAGCCGGGGCAGCCAAUACAUGUCAUGCUCUAG